AUGACGUCUGAGUUGGAAAAUGGAAACCUCGGGGUGGAAGUUUUUGUGGAGAGGCUUGCAUGCCUUGAGAACACCCUCCAACACGUAAAAUGCCACCUCCCUAGUUUUUACGAGCACAUUUCGGCGGUGCCUGUGAAAAAGGCCUUACAAAGUGUUGUCGAAUGCAUACCACCUAACGCGUUUACUGUGUCUCGGAGGAACAGUGAUCUUGCAGGAAUGGCUUCUGAAGAGCAGGCGAAAAUUGAAUUUCUUCUCGUAAAAUUUAUGCACGCUGGGGAAACGGCGAAUGACAGAGCCUUAAUGCGUCAGCCAAUGCGAUAUUCUACUUUCCAGAACUAUGUGCAGCUGGACGGGGUCAAGGUUUCCAAGUCCACCUUAAAACUGUCAAAGACAUCUGAUCUAUGCGAAUGCAAUCAAGAGUACACCAGCAAUCGCACAAUUCAAGCACAAAUCUCGAAUUCAGGUAGAUCGCUACAGAAGUCCCUUCAACUUCUUAGUGCGUUAGAGAAAGCAGCUCAGUGCUUCGAAGAGUUUCCGAACACACCAGUGCUGAAGGAGGAAAUUGUCAUAAUGAUCCGAUGCCUUAAGGCUAACAUUAUGAACCUUUUGCGUGGAAUAGCAUACCUGAAUAACCAUCGACGGAUUACGCGAAUACUUGCCAAAUUACGGCAGCGUGGGACAGUGAAGACACUCUUAAAUAGAAUGGAAGAGGAAAAAGGGAGGAAGAGAGCGUGGAGAUUCUAA